UUUCUGUCGCGACCCAACCGACAGAAAAGUCCCCAGCUCAGAAGGGUGACGUUGGCUCCUUCCCCCAACGUUAAGCUGCCGUUCUCCCCGAUCUAACCAACUGCCCGGGCUGGUUCCGCGCUCCGCACACAAGACUGUGUUAUUAAUCAACUGAUUCCCUAGGACUGUUGUUCCAGUUUUCAUUUUGCCUUAGAUCAUCAUAGAACAAGUGGCCAAGAGCCUGAAAAAUAUAGGAAUCAUGGCAACGUUGACAACUGAAUUACCAGCAAUGCUUUAUUCAUCGGCUAACUUUUCUAAAUCAAGUUCUGAAACUACCAUUUCGGAGCAAUCUCUCCACUUACCUGAAAAAAAGGACCGAUUCGUCGGUAAAGGUAAAAAUAAGCAUUUCUCCACAGAAAAAGCAAAUCCUUUCAGGUGUGCUGAGAAACAUAUGUUUCUUUACGAAGAACAACAGUUAAAAGACAGAGAAAAGGAUAGUCUUGCUCUACAACAUCUGAAAGCUCGUGAAAAAUGUAAUUACGCAUCCAGAAUGAAAACUCGAAAUCGCAAAAACACGGUCAUUCUAGGCUCCCGUUUCAAGUGUCAGAGUUCUGUUGUAGAUAAGGGCCAGGAUUCUGCUUUUAUUUUAUCUUUAAGAAAAUGUUGUGAAGAAGAAAAAAAGAGUAUAUCUGAAUAUAUUACUGAACAAAAACAUAGAUUUUUUAUGGAGUAUGAAUUGGGUGUCAAACGACAAGCUAUUAAGGAUUUGGAAAAAGCUAUGAUACAGAAGGAGGAGGAAUUUAAAUUAGCAGAAAAAAAGCUCUUAAAGAAUGAAGUGGCUUUUGAGGAAUUUCUCCGAGAAAAUGACAAAAAAUCUGAAGAUGCCCUUAAAAUCGUUGGGCAGGAAAUCAAAGCCAAGCUUCGAGUCACAGCAGAGUUAAAAACAGCUACUGAUGAAGUGGUGGCUAUGAAAAAUGAAAUUGCAAAAGCUGAAAUCCUCCUUAAGGAGUACUUGGACUGUGGAAAGUUUUUGUGGAAGGUGUCCCCUAAGAUUUGGCGAGUACAGCAAGCCGUAAAAAAAAUCUCCGCCCACAGAGCUAGACAGAGUUCUGGGACUAUUACUUUUCCAAAACUAGCAUUAGAUUAUAAAGGAGUUAAGCAUCACCAAUCAAACCUAGAAAAGGAAAAGAAACCAUCAUUACCAAAGGAGAUAAGUUCAAAUGAUGAAUUUGACCUUUCCUUAGAUGAUAUAGGGAAUGAUCUGGAACCGAAGAUAUACUUUCAAAAUCCAGAAGAGUUACUCCACAUUUUCUCAAAGCUAGAGGAGCAAAACUUAAAUCUGAUACAACACUCUCAAGAUAUGGCUGAAUCUUUUGAAGAAUUUCAAAGAACAGAAAAAAAUAUGAAGGAGAAAAUAAAACAGAAUAUUGCUGUCCUAGUAGAAGAAAAAGAAAUUCUUAAGCUUAGCUGCAUUAAAGAAGAAGAAAAAGCAGCAGAAUUAGCACUGAGGUCCAGCCUGUUUAGUUUUGGAGAGUUUAAUUUAGAAACCCAGGACAAAAUGUUACAAAUGUUAAGUAAAAAAGUCACUGAAGUGUUCAAAUCCUGUGUGGGAGAACCUAAAGCUUAUAAUCUCAACACAAUUCAAAUGCUGAUGAAAAUAGAGCAUCGACUGGAAGAACUCAGUGACUUGCUGGAGUCUGUUCCCAAAGAAACAAUUGAAUUGAUUGAGCGGCCCAAGCGGAGAGAAAAGAGGAAUAAGCUACGUGAAGAAAAACUGAAACAAAAACAGCUACUUCAGGAGGCAAAACUAAAGAUUGCACUGGAAAGAGCAGUAGCAGAACCAACAAAAAAGCUGGGAAGACGACUUGUGUUUCGCUCACAACCUCCUAGACAGGUUAAAAAGGAAAGUGCACAUGAAGAGUCAAAACCUGAAGAACUAGAAGAGUAUUUUUUUACUUGAAUUAAGUAACCAAUACCAAAUUGCAGGGACCUGGAUUAUGGCAGAAUGAUGUUCUAGAGGCUAAGUAGAAUCCAUAAAAAUAUAGUUAGCCUGGUAGUUUCCCCCAACAUACAAACACGUCAUGCAGGUCAUUCAGUCUCUUGGGCCUAAAUCCCAAUUUGGGCAAUAUAUUCCUAUCGCUCUAACUUCUUCACUAUUUUAAAAUACAUUAUUUAGGUUCCACUCUUAGGAUUUAGUUGCUUAUAUAGGUUGAGAACACUUUGGAUAUGAAUAUCAAAGAUAGCACAGAUCUCUAACAUUGCAUUCUCAGAGUCAAAGAUAAGUCUUUAGUGAGUUUAAGAGAAUUUGAAGUUAACUUUAAAGGAAACAUGCCCCAAACCAAAAAUGUUGUAGCCUUUAAAAAAAAAUUUAGGGAUAACUUACUUUCACCUAUAACAGUUUUCCCCCUUUAUUUCAUUAUAUGGUUUAAUGGUUCUGAGAAAUAUAUUUGCAUGUAAUUUUUCAAAGAUCAAUUAGAUCAAGACUAGGACAAGAUGAAAAACACAAAACUGUUCUUUAUUCUAGAAAUAUACAAAAAAAAAGACAACCCCAAAGAGUCCGUGAAAAAUGCUAUUCUCUCAUUUCCCCAUCUUCUUCCUCCUCUUCAACACCUCUGAUAUAAAGGACAUUAUUACACCUGUAAAUAGAGCCAAAAUUAGUUUCACAUAAAUACUUAAGGUAUGAAGUAUAUGCUUUAAGUUAGGUUUUUCUCCCCAUCUUAGAACGUUCACCCUAAAUGAAAUUAUUCCUAACAGUCAUUGAAAAAAUUGCACGAUUAAAUGUAACCAUUUGUCUCUCAAGUGUAUGUGAGAAUCCUUUUAAGACUAGUCACUGAUUAUCACAAUCAAUGCUUUUAUGCUCUUAAGUACUAGUUCAUAGGAUAGUACAAUUACUUUUCAGCUUCCAGUUUUCUUUGAACUUGUCGAAAAAGUAAACUGAUUAAGAUCCAUCAAAUAAGGUGCUUGGCCAAACAGAGCCUAGGAUAUCAGCAAUCAGAUUUUCCAUUUUAUAGCCCAAAUUCUUUAGCCCAUGAAUAAACAUACUCGGCUAAAACCAGAUGAAAGUUCAGUAUUGAACAAGUCACAAAAUUGCCAUCUUGAAAAAUUUCAAGUUAUUAAAUUCCACCUGUAGAACAUUUUGUUGAAUGUUUAAAGAUGGUUACAUCAAGAUAAUUUAAGAAAUCAAGCAUUGGUAGGCAAGAACUCUCCCAUACUAAUGUAAGUUAAUACCCUCUAGACAUACUAGUGGUCCAGCUCAUAAAAUUACCUUAUUAGAACUUCACCAAGGUGUCCAGAUAAUGCCCCAUCUAUGUAUUCUUCCGUAUUUGCGAGCUGUCAAUAAGAAAAUAUAUUAAUACACUGCAUUGAGAAAUGGGAUAAUCCAGUUUAUUUGGCAAGCUAACCUCCAUCUACUGAUAAGCUUUUCCACAUGUCAUUCUGAUAAUUAAGUGUAGCCAUAGUAACUUAUUGUUCAUAGGUGUAUAACUUGGUUAAGAAUUCUUUUUAAAAAAGUUUGUCUAAUUUUUACAUUUUUGCUUAAUUGCACCUGUAUAUGAUAGAUACUAUAAAGCAAUAAAUUCAAAUUUCUCUGAAA